AUGGAGGAGGAGGCCCAACAGCGCUGGAACCGAGCGUUGCAGCUGUCGCCUAAGGCGACCUCUGACAACCUCUCCAGGCGCUCGCGAGAUGACGGAGUCCGGCGAGACAUGGAGCUGCUAGAGGAGAAGCUCAUGCGGCAAGUGCUGCGCCUUCAGGAGCAGAGUGAACGCUUCAUGGACAUCAUGAUGCACCCCCUUGAGGCGAAGGUUGCAGCCAUGGAGGGGCGUCAGCCGGUCACGGAUUGCAGCAUCGCUGAGCUUCGCGGCAACCUCCGCGGCCUUCAGGAAUCACUGGAGAUGCAGGUGCGCCGUGCCGAGCAAACGGAGACGCGCCUGUCCAAAUGGCGGAGGAGCAUCGAGGAGGACCUACAGCAGAAGCACGAGGAGAUGAAGCGCAAGUUCACCGAGGCAGUUUCGAACUCAGACGUGGUCUCGCGAAACGAGCUUCUGGAAUUGGCGAAGCUUCUGAAGCAGGAGUUGAGGAAGGUGGUGGACGAGACGUUGAAGGAUGAGAAGUUGGCCACGCAGCAGGAUCUGGCUACCUUGUCCAGCGGGUUGAGACGGGAGCUGGCGUCCGUCGAGAAGAUUGCAGCUGGGGCUGCGGCUCAGAAGGCCUUGGGUCAGCAGGAGCUUGCAAACGCUGCAGAGGCUGUGCGUGCAGAGAUGAAAACGCUGACGGAGCGCGCGGUCAUGGAGGAGGCGGUGGCCAUGGAGAAGUUCGUGGCCAUCGAUGCCCUAGAGAAGGCGUCCAGGGAGUCCCAGAACAUGGUCGCCGAGCUCGCAGCGCGAGUCGUUCAGUGUGAGCAGAGUGAGGAGGAACUACGCCUCGCUCUCCAGUCGCAGCGUGAUCUCCCGGAGGCACCCGACUCGCAACAGACGCUGGAUGAGUUGACAAGCCGCGUCGCGAAGUGCGAAGCUCUUCAGGAGGAGUUCCACGAGCAAGUCAGUUCUCCUCACCGCUUUCAGGCCAGUGAGGCCUUAGAGGAGUCGCACCUCUCCCGGCGGAUCAGCCGGCUGGAGCAGGAGCAGCUGCAGAAGGGGCGGCAGAUCGCAUCCUCCAUGGAGGAACUGGAGGCGAAGUUGCGCGAAGGCCUGGCGAAGACGGAGAACCUUAUGCAGGCCGCCCAGCUUGCCGUCGAGGCGGGGAGGUCUGGCAGCCGCAGCCCUUCCGAGACGGACGAGGUGGUCGAGGCUUCCCACAGGCCCUUCGAGGCCGCCAUCACCGAGCGCCUAACACAGGUGGAGAGUGCUGUCCAGGCCUUGCCCGGGCGCUUGACAAAGUGCGAGCAGCUUGGUGAGGAGCUGGAACACCAGCUCGAGGGUCUUCGUCGACUGCCUGCUGGGCUUCAGGCAUGCAACCAGCAAGCCGAGAUGCUGAUCGAGCGGGUGGCGCAGUGCGAAGGGCUGUCAGAGGCCUCCAGCAAGCAAGCCCAAGUGCUGGAAGAGCGGGUCGCGCGGUGCGAACAGCUGUCAGAGGCGUCCUGGAAACAAGCCCACGACCUCACAGAGCGGGUCGCGCAGUGCGAGCAGCUGUCAGAGGCAUCGAGCAAGCCCCAGAUCCUGUCAGAGAGGGUGGCGCAGUGCGAGCAGUUGUCUGAGGCAUCCAGCAAGCAAGCCCAAGUCCUGUCGGAGCGGGUUUCGCAGUGCGAGCAGCUGUCACAGGCGGUUGACACCUUGGUGGCCCGCUUGGAAAAGUGCGAGAAGCACGGCACAGAGGGCGAGAUGAUGGCCAGGGCCGCGGCCGCUGGCAUUCCAGACCACCCGAACCUGCCAGGGCAGGCCUUCGCAGAAGACAGCUCCCGAGCAUUGGACGGAGUGACGUCCAGGCUGGACUCACUGGAGAUGCAGCAGCGCGCGAGCGAGGAUGGGCUUGCCACUGCCAAGCGCUUGAACGAAGAGAUGGAGAGCUCCAUUCUGCGAAGGCUAGAAGUGCUGGAAGCCGCGGAGCCUGAAGCCACGAAGAAGGUCCUCGCAGAAGUCAGCUCCCGAGCACUGGACGGAGUGACGUCCAGGCUGGACUCACUGGAGAUGCAGCUGCGUGCGAGCUCGCACGAGGCACCCUUGGUGGAUCUUGCCAGCGCCAAGAGCUUGAACGAGGAGAUGGAGAGCUCCAUUCUGCGAAGGCUGGAAGCGCUGGAAGCGUUGGAAGCCGGGCCUGUGAAGAAGGUGGAUGCGGCCGAACCGGCGCAUAGCGACGAAUCGCAGGCGCUUUCCGACACCCAGCUCAUGCUCCUAGAUCUGCAGCGGAGGGUCUCCCUCCUGGAGGGAGCCAUGCCGCAACCAGGAGUGCAGGCUGAGGAGGGAGAGGUGGUGUCUGUGGAGCCGACCCCCCGGACGGCCACCCUGACCCAAGCUGCAGCGCUGAUCGAGCAAAUGGAGUUGGACCUCAAACACGCGCGGGAGGCGGCAGGCCUGGACCUUGCUGGCCUGCCGACCAACGAUUCCAAGGGUGGCACGCCCAGAGGGCUGCCUCCUCUGGCCGCCAUGAAAGUGUUGUCUUCACCGAGACUACUGCAGUUGUCCAUGACUCCUCGCAUGACGUCCUGCAACGCCCAUCAGGAUGCUGCCGCUCUCUGUGGGGCCUCGUCCGCGGCUAUGUCUGCAUACACGAGAGAUGGGAAGGUCGACGUUUCCGGUCACGAGUUGCGCGCCGAGAUCGCCGCAGUCUGGGAUGCCGUUGCUGAACCUGCGGAGAUCGUUUGGCGACGCAGCCCCCCCGGGAGCUGUCCGCCUGGCUUCGAACACUGUCUCAGGCGCCAUUCAGAACAUGGCCAGCUCGGCGGUCGCCGGAGUCCAAAACUGCGAGGGCCGCCUUGCUUCCUUGAGCAGCGAAGUCAACGAGUUGGCCUCGCGCCUUGCGAGCCUCGAGCGGCAGCUUGCCCUUCGGGAGGCAGUUGUGGAUGA